UGCCUUAUUAUUAUUCCCUUUUCUUUGGCAAUAAAAGUUUUACAAUGAAUGUAAACAAACAACGUCAUAAGUUGUAAUCAAUGCCGUUUAAUUAAUUUAAGUUCAUUUACUCAAGAUGAGUGGAAAUGCCUUUAACUUUGAAAUCAAGCUCAAACGUGAAAACAAAGUGUAUUAUGAAAAUGAGAUGCUCGUAGGCUGCGUGCAGUUUCAGUGUCCGACUGAAACCAAGCACGAUGGAAUACUACUCACAUUGGACGGCGUCGUAAAUCUACAGCUAAGUAGCAAAACAGUUGGCCUCUUCGAUGCCUUCUACAACUCGGUGAAGCCCAUCACUUUGCUACAGAAUAGUUUGGAGCUCUCUGCUCCGGGCAAACUAAGUGCCGGCAAUUCCGAAUUCCAUUUUGAACUUCCUUUGGUUUGCAAGAAGGAACCACGAAGACUAUACGAAACAUAUCACGGCGUCUUUAUCAGCAUCAAUUAUCAGCUUAAAUGCGAUGUGAAUGUGAAACGCAAUUUCCUAGGCAAAUCGUUGCAGAAAGUUCAACAAUUCUGUAUCCAAUAUAAGCCAGUUCCGCUGGGUGAUGAGGCAACUAAAUCUGUGCCAUUCAGUCUGACAAUGAGCAAUGCCAAGGAACGUGUAACGAUGCCCAGGUUUCUAAUUACUGGUCGUUUGGACAGCUUAGAAUCGUGUGUCACGACUCCUAUAACAGGCAGCUUAACCGUGCAACAUACUGAGGCACCGAUAAAGUCAAUUGAAUUACAGCUAGUACGUGUGGAGACUUGUGGUUGUGACGAAGGCUACUCCAAGGAUGCCACUGAAGUGCAGACUAUACAAAUUGCCGAUGGCAAUGUCAUACCCAAACUGGAAAUACCAAUAUAUAUGGUGCUCCCGCGUUUAUUUACCUGUCCCACUCUUUUAACCAAGAACUUUAAAAUUGAGUUCGAGCUCAAUUUAGUGGUGCUGUUCAAGGAGGAGCACACAGUUAGCGAAAACUUUAAAAUUGUCUUAAAACGCGCUUCAGGUCCUCUGCCUAGCAAAAUAACAACAGCUGGCCGCUGAACAGCAUCGAAUAAUUUUCAAAUACUACUAUAUACAAUACUGCUUAGGGACUAGUUAUUUUUGACUAGACCUCAACUGAGUGGAGUGAAUAGCAUAUAGUUUCCAUAUUGUAAGCAAUAUAUGCUCUAUAUCUCGAAACGUCUAUGAAAAUAAAAAGUUAACUAUCAACUAAA